CUUGCAAGGCAUGACUAACUACUCUUCCCUCCCUUUACCUCCACUCUUUUCAUUUCUAUUCUCCAUCUAUAUAACAUUGUUCCUCCCAACAAAAAUUCUAAAACAAACCAAGAAAAGAGACCAAAACAUUUAGGGAAAAGAAGCUUCAAGCGUUUCUGGUCAAUGGAGAUCAAGAUACAAGCUGAGGAAACCCGGCACCGGCCUGAUGAUGAACAAAAACUUCCCCUCUUGCAAGAUAUGCCAAAGUCCGUAACAGAGGAGGAAAGAACCUUGAUACAGAAAGCCAUUCGCCAGACGUUUCAAAGCACAGCUCAUUUGGCCAAUCUUUUACCAACCGGAACAGUUCUUGCAUUUCAGCUUCUAGCACCCAUAUUUACAAACCAAGGCAACUGUGACUCAGUCAGCCGGUCCAUGACUGCUGGUCUUGUAGCCCUCUGUGGAGUUUCAUGUAUUCUACUGAGCUUCACUGACAGCUAUAGAGACAAGAAUGGAAAUGUCUGUUAUGGCUUUGCUACAUUCCGAGGGUUAUGGAUUAUCGAUGGGUCAACCACCCUUUCACCCGAAGUUGAUGCAAAUUUCCGACUGCGGUUUAUAGAUUUCCUCCAUGCCUUCAUGUCAAUACUUGUAUUUGCAGCUGUUGCACUAUUUGAUCAGAAUGUAGUGGAUUGCUUCUAUCCAACCCCGUCGGAUAAGGCUCAGGAGAUUCUCACAGCAUUGCCAGUUGGCAUUGGUGUCAUUUGCAGUAUGUUGUUUGUUGUGUUUCCAACCAAGCGCCACGGAAUUGGCUUCCCCCUGUCUGCAAAUUAACAACUCCUCUUUUGUUAAUUAAGAAAUAUUUGCCUGCGUGCUCCUUAAAAUUGUGGACUGCACACAACGUUAUUUAUUCAUUCUUCCAUAUUAGCUUCCUCCAAGCUCUGUCAA